AAAGAAAAGUCUUAUUUAUUAAAGAAGAGACUGAAAUAUAAGUCCCACUUCCACCCACCUCAAAAUAAGUCCUUCGAGGAAGGUGACCUCAACAAAAGUUUCAUGUUAUCUAUCCUACUGGAGCUUAUCACAAUUAACCAACAAAAACUUGGUCCAUUCCUGUUUAAUAAGAACAAACUGGGUUAAGAAAAAAAAGAAAAAACUUAGAGAGAGAAAGAGAGAGCAAUUAUAUUGUAAUUAUAGAUGACCAAAAUCAUGUAUUGGUCAAGCAUGAUGUUGUUGGUGGUAGUGUUGUUGUUGGAGGUGGUUGAAGCUAAGUGUGGAAAGAAAGGCCCAAAUAUCAGAUUCCCAUUUGGGCUAAAAGAUGACCAAAAUCAACCACCAUAUCCUGGCUUCCAGCUAUCAUGCAGUGGCAUAAACACACUUCUUGAGUUCCCAAAAUCAUCUUUGAAGCUCUUUGUAAAACAUAUUGAUUACAAAGCUCAAGUAAUUGAACUUUACGACCCUCAUAACUGCCUUGAGAGACAUGUCAUGAAAAUCCAGGACUUGCCAUCACUUUCUCCAUUUCAAUUCGAAGCAGAUGACCUCAUCAAAUAUACCUUGUUCAAUUGUUCAAACGAUGGAGAAAGACAUAUAUAUUAUCGAUCAAUAUUCAUCCCUUGCCUUAGUGGCCCUGGUUAUCAAAUUUAUUUCUCUGACUCAAGCAAUUCAAUUGAAUACUUGCCCAUACAUUGUACCAAGUUGAAUAACACAUCAUCUCCUCUUCCCGAUGUAGAGAAGUGGAAGAACAGACUACGUUUGGAAUGGCUUAAACCAAAUUGUCGCCAUUGUGAAACAAAAGGGAAGACUUGUCAACUCAAAAAUGCCACCCAUCUCCAAUCAAUUAUAUGUAUUCCUCCCAUUCCUCCCAAAGGUGAAAAGAAGAAAUUUGUCACUAUUGGUGAGUUUUCUUAUUGGAACUAUAUAUCUUAGAUUUAGUAUAGACUGAUACUAUGAAUCUUGAUAUAUAUGUAUAACUGCAUUUUAUUUGUCUUCUUCUAUAGGUGCUACCUUGGUGCUGCAGUAGUGACAGUAGUGCUUAUUCUAAUUUAUCGUGCUUACAACUCUAAUAAACAAGGAAAAGAGUACAAACUGAGAAUAAAGAGAUUUUUGGAGGAUUACAAAGCUCUAAAGCCAAGCAGAUAUUCAUAUGCUGAUAUUAAGAAAAUUACAAGUCAAUUCUCUGAAAAAUUGGGAGAAGGAGCUUAUGGAACAGUUUACAAAGGAAAGCUCUCUACUGAUUUUUUCGUUGCAGUGAAAAUUCUUAACAACUCAAAAGGCAAUGGAGAAGAGUUUAUAAAUGAAGUUGGAACAAUAGGUCAAAUUCACCAUAUCAAUGUGGUUCGGUUGGUUGGAUAUUGUGCGGAUGGAGCUAGAAGAGCUCUUGUGUACGAGUUCUCACCCAAUGGAUCAUUGCAACAGUACAUAUCUUCUCCAGAUUCUAAACAUUUUCUUGGAUGGGGAAAGCUAAAAGACAUUACUUUAGGCAUUGCCAAAGGAAUUGAAUAUCUUCACCAAGGGUGUGAUCAACGAAUACUUCAUUUCGAUAUCAAACCUCAUAAUGUCUUGUUAGACCAAAACUUCAUUCCAAAAAUUUCUGAUUUUGGUUUGGCCAAGCUGUGUUCCAAGGAUAAAAGUAUUGUGUCAAUGACUACAGCAAAAGGGACCAUGGGUUAUAUUGCACCUGAAGUUUUCUCUAGAAAUUUUGGAAUUGUUUCAUACAAGUCAGAUAUUUAUAGUUUUGGAAUGAUGUUACUCGAAAUGGUUGGAGGAAAGAAGAUAACUGAUGUGAAAGAGGAAGUUUAUUAUCCGGAAUGGAUUUAUAAUCUCUUAGAAGAAGGAGAAGAUUUGCGAAUUCAUGUUGAUAAAGAAGAAGAUGCUAAGAUUGCAAAAAUGUUAGCAAUUGUAGGACUAUGGUGCAUUCAAUGGCAUCCUACAGAUCGUCCUUCUAUGAAAGUUGUGAUUCACAUGCUGGAAGGAGAACAAAAUUUGACUUUGCCACCAAAUCCUUUUACCUCUAAUGAUUCAACAAAAACAAGAGUUGAUAUGCCAAGAAGGAGAAUGAACUUGGAAUUAGAAACUAUAACUGAGUUGGAGUGAUAUAAUCUAACGACAAGUUUGUAUUUACUUUGUAUAUGUUUAAGAUCUAUGCACUUGAAUGUCAACAUGGUGAGAUAAUAACAUUUUCAUACUGUUUAAAAGAGUUAAUUUAACAUGUGUGUAAUAAAAUAAUAAGUGUUGUGAAAUACUUGUUAUUUUUAGUAAUAUUCUCUGGUUUAGC